AUGUUUUAUUCUCAGGACGAGGCCAUGAAGAUCGGAGAUGGGCGUGAGUGCCGUUGGUAAUGUGACCAAGUGAACGCCAAUGUGGAUUACAUUCGCCCUGAUCCUUAAUUACACAUACAGUAGUCUCUCAUGACGGUGCCUGGAAUGUCAUGCAAUUUAAAGCUCCAUAAAGGCCGCGUCAAAAAGAACCUUUGCAGCCUGACCCACAAUAUUGAGUAGGACCGAUUUAUCUGAUCGGUUAGCAACUCAUGCAGCUACGUUCGUCAGUGCGUCGCCAUAGCUUUAAAAGGCACUUGGAAGUUUACCUCGAGGCAGUUAAGCCUUAAAUUUAAGGUUAAUCGACCUCGCUCUCUAUUCUUGCCUAUUCAAAUGGCAGGCGCGAGUCAGGCCGAUUUAUGACGAAAUUAAACACAGUGGCCGACACACUGUGUGUCACACAAAAUCUCCCACACAUGCGACGUGUCGACGGUCAUUGUAACUUUAAAAAACUUCAUCGCAUGAUUGUUUCAUUACUGAUGACCCCCAAUACUAAGUAGGUCCAAUUUACAGUACGUGAGCUAACUCAUGAAAUGUCAACUGAAAUUCCGAAAUGCGUUUUAGUUUCGAAAAGGUUAAUUAAGUAGGGUUGUUAAACUAAUCAUCGUGCAGCAUAAUGCUAAAAUAAUUCAGUUACCUCAGAAUGCCGGAGUUCGAAUGAACUUCUUUUGGCUGCAUGCGAAAGCUAUACUCUGUUAAAAAUGAUUACUUAUGUAACAUACAUUCUUCUCAUUGAUUCUCGAUGUCCUUAAGAAUUCAAUUAUAUCACAUGGAGAACAUCCAUAAAGAUAUUCAUUCUUUUGCGCAAUCUGUAGAAAAUUACGUCUUCUAAUUUUAUGCUCGAAUGAGGGACAUAAUUCGGUUUUAAAAAGGUUUUCCGAUUACCGAAGAAUUUUGAAUCCUCUCUACCGCUACAUUUGGAUUCAGGGUUUCCAAACUACAAGCGCAUAUUUUCUGCGUACAGAAAACUACACAUUUUUCUACGGUAUGCUUUCCAUGAAAUAAAAUUGGACAUUUAGGGGCAUCGAAGAUCAUUGAGAAAAAUUCAUGCUACUUAGGUAAUCGUUUCUAACAGAGUGUGGUUUUUGCAUGUGGCCGGAAGGAAGUUCAUUCGAAAGCCGGCAUCCUGAGGUAACUGAAAUAUUAUAGAAUUAUGCUGCAUGCUGACUAGUUUUACAACCCUACUUAAUUAAUCUUUUCGAAACGAAAGCGCAUUUCGGAAGUUUGGUUGACAUUUCAUGAGUUGGCCCACCUACUGUACAAAUGGCAGGCGACACAAUGUGUCACACAAAAUCUCCCACACAUGUGACGUGCCGACCGUCAUUGUGACUUUAAAAGAACUUUAUCGCAUGAUUGUUACAUUACUGAUGAUGAUGAUGAUGAUGAUGAUGAUGAUGAUGAUGAUGAUGAUGAUGAUGAUGAUGAUGAUGAUGAUGAUGAUGAUGAUGAUGAUGAUGAUGAUGAUCAAGCAAUUGCUUUCAGGUGCGCAUCUAUGACCGACCAGGGCCACAUGGUAGUGAACUAUGCGGGGGAGAGUAUUGUCAAGUAAAGCGGUCGCCCAGGGUGUUGCACGACUCCUCCGUCUUGUUUCGGUGGAUUUGCGGAGUUACCACCAGACCAAUGUGUGCUAGAGAUUAGGUCGUUUGAAGCGCACACACACAUCCACCCCCUGUCAUUUUGAAACCGUCUUGACAUCGGAGCAAAAUGGCUGAGGGGAGGAGAGAAUGUGGUAGGUGCUGCGAAAGUCCGCCUCACCAUAAAGUAAUUCACGUGUUGAUCACAGGUGCUAUUCCUAAUCCUUGAGGCACGCAGUGGUCGUCCUGAUUUGUGACAGGUGAACUCUGAUAUGUGAGAAGGAUGUGCGUGUACGAAGUGAACAGGUUAAUGUAACCGGUUGAAUACGCAUAUCGGUCAUAGGGGUACGUACAGGCGUGACAUGCGUGAUAAUUGUCAUGCACGCAGGUACGAGCGCAUUAGUUUGCUAGGCAGGCAGUGAUGGAUUCGCAGGAGGUCGGCCGAAUUAGUUAUGCUGUUAUUUGGCUGGCCAUAAUUUCGAAGAAAGCGAAACGGUGACCACCAGUCAGUCUGCCACAGACGGCACAGGAGCAAAACGGACGAGCAUGAUCAUUUGUUACGUCACACACUCUAUGACUGUUCGACCAUCGCGACUUCCACCGUGAGCCCCUUAGAAUGGACGCAGUACCGAGGACAUGCGCGUGAGUCAGGCUCGCGUAGCAUCCAUCUCACCGUCCCUUCCCUCACUAGCUUUACUCUGAUAAUACGACAAUGUCAAGACGACCACAGGUCUGCGUGGGCGCAGUGGUCGACACAGAUAGCCCAUCCGUGUGCGCCACACACGAUCUGGUCCGAAUUACAUGCGACAGUUCGGACAAGCGAAAGAUCAGGGUCAUGCACCCCUGUUCAGGCCAUCUUCGUGCCAAUUGGCCAUCCAUCAGCCUAUGACAGUCCCCCUUGCCAUAUAUCCGGCCGUUUCCACAAGCCUCCUCGCUUUUACUGUCUCUCGAACUCAGUGCACGUUCUAUUUCCAAGUAACCUUCUAUUUUGCAUACAUUACAGUCCGGUUUUCAGGGACUUCCGGUAUAUAAUCGAUCCCCUAUCACACAAUAUUCCGGUCAGUUAAUGAAGUGCCUGAAAAGGUCUGUUUUGAAAGAUACGAUCCAAGUUCGCACAUUAGUUUCCUCGGAAAUUAGACAAGGCAUGGAUGGAAUUUAUUCGUUUCAGGUGAUUUGACAUGCUUCUGUCGGACGCAUGCCAAAAGUUGUUGGUGGACUGUAGGAGGAAAUUAAUUCCAAUGUGACUGCCGAAUGAAAGAACACAGGAAAGACUGCUGAAUCGUUCAGCCACUCGUUUUUCGUGCUCCCUUGUUCACCUUCGCCACCACUGAUGGGCGUCAGGACAAUCACCUUAACAAAAACCGCUGGACGUUCAGUAAUGCGCUGAACAAUCGCAGACGUCUCCAGCUCUGCGCAGUAGCUCAAACCAUCUGCGGACGGUCCGAGGCUUUUACAACUGGUCGUAAAUUCAGCGGACUGUAGUGAGAAGUAGUCUGUCUAACUUGUCUGAGCUGGUGCGCCCAGUUACACUCACAAUGAAGCAAACAUCAUUGUGAUUAUACGGCCUGAUUUCUUUAACAGGCAGGUUAACAAUCGUAUUCCUUACUUCGGAGCGGAAAGCACGUGUCAGCAAGUUUGUAUUUGGCAUUCCAUAAAUGGAAUGCAAAAAACAGACUUCUCAUGAAAUCCUAAAAUUACGUGCACGAUAAGGGAAAAGUCUUGUGGGUUUUGCGCUUUCGAACCCAUCCUGUGUUGUAAAGAGACCUAAAAAGAAUUAAUAAGGUGUCUCAAGGGAAAGUCAAUGCAAUCUUUGGGCUUGUAAUUCUGUCAGCAGCGACCAUUGAUUUACCUAUCCAACGGGAGGUUACUUUAAAGGACAUACUUACUUCUAGCACACAAAUUAAUAAGGAUCAGGAGCACAACAGUUCGGUCCACCGUGUGUACCACAUCAGGGUGGGAACAGGGAUGGUGACUGUAGCGUAUGGCGCCUGGGCUGUCAGGACAUCAGACUACAUGCGCGUGACAGGCGAACGAUCAAUGUCGUGCACCCCUGUUCAGGCCAUCUUUGUGUUAAUUGGCCAUCCAUCAGCCUAUGACAUCCCCCCAGCCAUAUAUCCAGCCGUUUCCACAAGCCUUCUCACUUGUGCUGUCUCUUGUACUCAGUACACGUCCUGUUUCCAACUGACCUUCUGUUUUGCAUACAUAACAGUGACUUGUGCCUGAAUAGUAGACUUGCGCAGCACCUUCCCGCUGUCUCCUCCUCCUCCUCCUCCUCCUUCUCCUCCUCCUCCUCCUCCUCCUCCUACUCCUAUUCCUCCUAA